AUGACGAAAGAACGAAUUGAGAAACUUUUGAAAGCUGGAGCCAAUGUUGUCCUGACUACAAAAGGGAUUGAUGACAUGGCACUCAAGUAUUUUGUGAAGGCUGGAGCUAUUGCUGUGAGACGUGUCCGAAAAGAAGAUAUGUGCCAUGUUGCUAAGGCAACUGGUGCGACCAUGGUUUCAACCUUUGCUGAUAUGGAGGGUGAAGAAACUUUUGAUUCAUCGCUUCUUGGAUAUGCUGCUGAAGUUGUAGAGGAGCGCAUUGCUGAUGAUGAUGUGGUUAUGAUUAAAGGGACCAAGAGUACCAGUGCAGUUUCCUUGAUCCUAAGAGGAGCAAAUGACUAUAUGCUUGAUGAGAUGGAAAGAGCUCUACAUGAUGCUUUAUCUAUUGUGAAAAGGACUCUCGAGUCCAACAUGGUGCUUGCAGUCAAUGCAGCAAAGGAUGCUACUGAAUUAGUUGCAAAACUUCGGGCUUACCACCACACUGCUCAAACAAAGGCUGAUAAGAAACAUUUUUCAAGCAUGGGUUUGGACCUUUUGAAUGGAACCGUUCGUAACAACUUAGAAGCAGGAGUGAUUGAGCCCGCAAUGAGCAAAGUGAAGAUCCUUCAGUUUGCAACUGAAGCAGCCAUAACCAUUCUUCGAAUUGAUGAUAUGAUCAAGCUCUUCAAAGAUGAAAGUCGGAAUGAAGAGUAG